AUGACCCUUUUGAAUAAAAAUCGAAUUAAAGUCCUCCUGCCUCAAUGGAGUUACAAAACCAAGCAGGGAUGCUAUGACUACAUACAGAGGAAGGUCGUAUUCCCUUCCUUCUCGCAGGCGAGCACAUUCCUGAGAGACAUGUUUCACCAAAAUGAGAAGAUGAACCACCAUUGCAAGUACACCAGCGACUACACCAAAGUUAAAAUAAAGAUGUACACUCACACGUUGAAAGGGGUAACAGAAAAGGAUGUAGCCUUUGCAAACGUCGUGGAUAGCGCCCUGAAUAAUUAUGCUUAUGAAGUGGUAAAUGAAAAAGUCGCUUAA